GACAGGGAGAGAAGGAAGUGGGGCCAGAGAGGGAGAGAAUUGGAAAGGGAGAGAGAGAAGGGCAAAGGGGUUCGGUGCAUGAAGGUGGAGAGCCAGAGUUCAAGGAGAGACACACGGAGGCGUGUGUCUCAAGGGACCCCUUGAGAGAGUGUGGAAAUGUGGAAGGAAGACAGCCUAGGGGGGUGCCCAGGAACAGCUAUGGAGGGGACAGGUGGAGAGCUGGGAGGGCAAGGGAACCGGGGUCUGGGGGAGGCCCCAGGCCUCUUGGCCAAGGCCUCCCUGCCCAUGGCACCCCCGUGGCCGCUGCCCCUGGCCUCCUCCGCCCUUACCCUGCUCCUUGGAGCUCUCACUUCUCUCUUCCUCUGGUACUGCUACCGCCUGGGCUCCCAAGAGAUGCAGGCCCUGGGGGCUAGGAGCCGGGCUGGGGGGGUCCGUGGUGGGCCUGGGGCCUCCAGGCCAAGCCCAGGAAGCACUGGAGACCCAGGGGAGGGAGCUAGAAUGGAGGGCCUAGUGAGUCGUCGGCUUCGAGCCUAUGCCAGGCGCUACUCCUGGGCAGGGAUGGGCAGGGUGAGGCGAGCAGCUCAGGGUGGGCCAGGCCCCGAGGGAGGGCCAGGGGGCCUAGGCAUUCAGCGCCCAGGUCUGCUUUUCCUGCCGGACCUGCCCUCUGUCCCAUUUGUGCCACGUGAUUCCCAACGGCAUGAUGUGGAGCUCUUAGAGAGCAGCUUCCCUGCCAUCUUGCGGGACUUCGGGGCUGUGAGCUGGGACUUCUCAGGGGCUACCCCUCUGCCUCGGGGCUGGUCCCCAUCCCUGGCCCCUGGGUGCUACCAGCUCUUGCUGUACCAAGCAGGGAGGUGCCAACCCAGCAACUGCCGCCGGUGCCCGGGGGCCUAUAGGGCACUGAGGGGCCUUCGGAGCUUCAUGAGUGGCAACACCUUCGGCAACGCUGGCUUUUCUGUCCUCCUGCCUGGGGCCCAGCUUGAGGGUCGCUGCGGGCCCACCAAUGCCAGGGUCAGAUGCCACCUGGGCUUGAAGAUCCCCCCUGGCUGUGAACUGGUGGUUGGUGGGGAGCCCCAGUGCUGGGCUGAAGGGCACUGUCUGCUGGUGGAUGACUCCUUCCUGCACACGGUGGCGCAUAACGGAGCCCCUGGAGACGGGCCCCGAGUGGUCUUCAUCGUGGACCUGUGGCACCCCAACGUGGCUGGGGCAGAACGCCAGGCCCUCGACUUUGUGUUCGCGCCGGACCUUUGACCUCGGAGGGUGUUUUCCCCCAACACCUGAGCUGGAGGGAUGCGACCCUCAGGGACAACGUGAGGGGUCGUCACAGCGCGGGUGGGCUGGUGGACCUGAGGGUGGGGGCGGGGGUGGCCAGCCAGCACACAAUACAGGCAUUCACUCCUCUCUGAGCUCCGAGUCCUUCCUUCCUUCCCUACGAUCACGCGUAGGGAGACAGAUGCUCAGGGCCUGGGCCCACAUCGCCACCCAUCCCGCUGGCCAGGCCCCCUUUUAAUACCAGCCAUCUUCCUGUCCCUUUCCCUGGGAGCCAGCACAAGACCCUUACCUCCACUUUAUUCCAAUAAUUUAAUAGAAAAUUAAAAUAAUAAAUAAUAUGAACCAGUCGAGGGGGGAGCUGAGCUGGUCAGCCUAGCACAACGUUAAAAGAGGUGGUAAAAACCUGGGGGCUGGGGAGGAGCGGAAAACUACCCUGCACAAUGGAGUGAUGGUGGCCAAGGGGGGGGGGGCUGUUACUCAGGGCCGGACUGACACUUUGGCAUGGACAGCGGACUGGAAAACGAGCCAAGGGGCUGGAAGCCAUCCUGCAGCAGCUGGGGCGGGACGCUGGCGGAACAAGGCUUGGGCAGCCUAACUGGGUGAACGUCGGCCUUCCCUUCGGAAGGGCUCUGCCUGAGGGGGAGGGUCUGGAAUGUACCGUGUUGUCAGCCGUGGGGCGGAACCGAUGGAGAGGGCCCAUAUGUAAAGGGCACCAUGCAAUGGAGGGCCUGGAGGAUGGCCCACGACUUGGCCAGCAGAGCCGGGGCAUAGGUCGGGGAGCAAAAGGGACAGGGACAGGAGCAGCCGAAUUCCAGGAGGCAGGGGGCAGAGGUCAGUCCUUGAAGACAAUUUGCUGGCCGUGAGGACGCUCGUCAUGGGUGAUGUGACGCCGGACGUGGAUCCUGCGGACGCGGUGCUCUCGGUUCUCCUCGUCCUCCCCGCGGCCGGCCCCACCACCGCCUGCAGCGCCCCCGAGGGCCUCCAGGAGGGCGGGGUCCGGGCCGCGGGGAGUCUCAUAGAUCAGGAUGUUCAGUGUCUCCUCAAAGAUCCGGGCCUCUGGGAAUUCCACCUGCAAAACACCAGUCAGCCCCCGAGCCUCCCCGCUCUGGUCCUGCCACAGGGCCAGCCCCGCCCCCCAGGCACAGGGGCACGCCUCCUAGCACAGGCCCUGUGGCCGGGACCCAGGGUCAGCAAACUGCGGCCCUGGAGCCAACCGUGGCUCUUUUGGUAUGUACAUGUGGCUCUGAACUAGAACUGAAAAUGAAAAUAAACUCCCAUAGUUUUAUUUAAAGAAUAUUA